UACUUCUUCGGAUGAGAGCGCGGGUUCACUCGCGCCGCGCCCGCCGCUCCGCUCCCGCCGCCGCCGCUCCGCCCCGCUCCGCUCCCCGCGGGAGGCUGCGCGGAUCGGGUGCGGAGCCGUCCCGCGCCGGGCAUGGCUUAGCGGGCGGCCGGGACAGAAGAUGAGUUUCUCCGCGGAGGACGGCGUGGGCAGCCUCUGCCACAAAGCGCUACAGAUCAUCUCGGAGCUAUGCCUGGGCGGACAGGUGGAAAGGGAGAAGUGCGCCGGCAUCUUCCCCCUGGAGACCGCCCGUCAGGGCAUUGGUGGCACAGACAUCUCAGUCAGUCUAUUAGCAGUAGUCGUCAGCUUCUGUGGGCUCGCCUUGCUGGUAGUCUCCCUUUUUGUCUUUUGGAAGCUGUGUUGGCCCUGCUGGAGAAGCAAACCUCUCGCUUCCAAUGCCAGUAAUGUCCCUCAGAGCAACUCCAGCGCUCCUACGGAGGUUUUUGAGACCAGUGAGAAAAAAGAAGUUAAAGAAAAUGGGAAACCUACAACAAAGGUACUUGAAGCUGCAUUGAAAAUUAGCCACACUUCACCUGAUAUACCAGCAGAGGUCCAGAACGCACUGAAAGAGCAUCUGAUCAGACAUGCACGCAUGCAGAGGCAGAUCACUGAGCCCACAUCGUCCUCAAGGCACAAUUCUUUCAGGAGGCACUUGCCAAGGCAAAUGCAAGUGUCCAGUGUUGAUUUUAACAUGGGGACAGACCCAAUUUUGCAAAGGGGAGAGACGACGACCAGCAUUGGGAGAAUAAAACCAGAACUCUACAAGCAGAAGUCGGUGGAUUCUGAUGGGCAACAAGAAGAUGUGAAAACAUGUGGAAAACUUAACUUCACUCUCCGGUAUGAUUAUGAGAAUGAGCUUCUGGCUGUCACAAUUGUCAAAGCCUUAGAUCUGCCUGCUAAAGACUUCACAGGAACAUCCGACCCCUACGUUAAGAUUUAUCUGCUUCCAGAUAGGAAAAAGAAGUUUCAGACACGAGUUCACAGAAAGACAUUAAAUCCUGUCUUUGAUGAAACCUUUCAGUUUCCUGUAGCCUAUGACCAACUCAGCAACAGAAAAAUGCAUUUCAGUGUUUAUGAUUUUGACAGAUUUUCUAGACAUGACAUGAUUGGGGAAGUUAUUCUUGAUAACCUUUUUGAAGUCUCAGAUCUCUCCAGGGAAGCCAAUGUAUGGAAAGACAUCCACUGUGCCACCACAGAAAGCGUAGAUUUGGGUGAGAUCAUGUUUUCCCUCUGUUAUUUGCCAACUGCUGGGAGAAUGACUUUAACAGUCAUCAAAUGCAGGAAUCUCAAAGCAAUGGAUAUAACUGGUGCAUCAGAUCCAUAUGUCAAAGUGUCACUCAUGUGUGAGGGCCGAAGACUGAAAAAGCGGAAAACAACCACAAAGAAGAACACGCUAAAUCCUGUUUAUAAUGAGGCCAUCAUCUUUGAUAUCCCUCCAGAGAAUGUGGACCAGGUCAGCCUCUCCAUUGCAGUGAUGGAUUACGAUAGAGUAGGGCACAAUGAGGUCAUUGGAGUAUGUCGGACAGGAAUCGAUGCUGAAGGGCUUGGAAGAGAUCAUUGGAAUGAAAUGUUGGCUUACCCACGUAAACCUAUAACUCACUGGCAUCCACUAGUAGAGUUACCUGGCCGAGCAACCAGUUUUGAUAGCCAGGGGUCUUGUUCAUCACCAAAACCACCACUUACACCAUAGGGAACAGAAGUGGAUUCAUCGUGUUCAGUGUCCAAAGCUCCUAGUAACUCACGUCUACAUAAACAGAAGGUUUGGCUUCCGCAGGUGAACUGUAUCCAUAUUUUUUAUUAAAAUACAUUUUUCCUAUUCCAAAUCAUAUAUUACAGUUUAUAACAAUUUCUUAAUGUGUGAAUGAAAUUGACUUGAGCCAAAUAUAACCCUUCCUUAUACAAAUUCAUUCACCUGUUUUCAUGCUGGCAUAUAUCCCGUAUCAUAUCCAAGCAGUGUUUUUAUAUGACCUAUAUCUUUGUAUAGACAAAGAAAUCAGAAAGAAAAAAUCCCUUAAGCAAUUCAAAACCACUGCAGCUUGUAAUUCCUGAUUCUUUCUAGGGAGAGCAAAUAGUCAUUUCUAGCUCUUGUAGUAAACUUCUUCUAAAUUGCACUAAAUCCUGUAUAAUUUCUCAACACUGAAUGUUGCAUGAAAACAAAACAAAACAAAACAAAACCAAGCCAAAACAAAACAAAAAAACAAAACAAAAACAAAUGUUGUCAUGUUCUGAGUAUUUGGAAAGUCACUUCAUCUCUUGAGCAGGGAGGAAGGGCUGAUUGAAAGCCCACUGAAGCUGAUGAGAAUGACCCUACUGGCUUCACUGAGUUUUAGUUCAGCCUUUAUGGAACAGGUCUCACAACUGGAGCUAUGCAGUUGUAAUCUUCCAGCAAUGAAAACACCAGCUUCACUCACAGGAACUCAUUAGCUUGUCCAGCAAAAUGACCAGAAAUGUGUGUCCAGGCAGGUGGCUUUACUCAACAGUUGUUUUGCUUCAACUACCCACCAGCUGAUGAAGACCCAGCUUGGAUGUCUCUUGGGUGUCUAAGUUUGUCACUUGGGUGGAAUAGUUUCUGGUUCCUGGAUGGAUGCCUCUAGAAUUAUAUUCUAAAUAUGAAUUUUUUACAAUAUAUGGAGAGACAAAUUGAAAUGUAACAAGUAUAUAAACUAGUAAGCUCAUUUAUUAGAAUACAUAAUGACAACAAAGGCAAAAAAGUAUAGGUUAAAGUGAACUGUUUUAAAAACUACAUAUUAUUUUGUGGAUUUAGCUCUUUUUAACACUGCAGUUUACUUCAAUGGGAUAGUUAUUUUAUUUUUUAAGUUUUUGUUUUGUUUUGGCUUGGUUUUGUUGUGUUUUUUUUUUUUCUUUCUAUGAAAAGCAUAGCAAAGAGUGCAUGAUUGGGACUGAGAUUGUGAAAGCUGAACUGUAACUUGAAAAAGGUGGAACGGUGGUUCUUUUUGUAUCUUUGUAACGUGUGAAGAAAACUGAGAAGAUACUAUUUUCUAAAAAAUGUAUUUUUACAGAAGAAAAGUGUUGUACAUGAGAAAAAUGCCAAUGGAAGAUCUGUUUAAAAUAAUGGAAGAAUCUAGUUAUGAAGGGAAAAGUCAGGUUAGGCAGACUUCUGAAGAACAAUUUUGACUUGGUUAGUUUGGCCUGGUUGACACAGAAUAUGUUUAUGAAUAUCCAGUCCCUUCAUUCCACUAACUGGUCUCUAAGACAGUCAAAUAUGCCUUGAAGUGUCUUAACUGCUCCAGGAAAUUUAAGAAGGCUGGUUUUAACAUUACAGGUAUUUCUACGGUAAAAAAGGAGGCAGGCUUUAUACCUUGCCUUCUAUGCCUACAAACACAUCAAGCAAGCAAACAAUGAAUCUUUCAAACAUUCUUUACAAAUUGGGGGAAAAAAAAAAAGAAAAGAAGAAGAAAAAUAAAAGGCUCCAGCCCAAGUUUUUGCAUGCCUGUUCCAGGUUGUUCUUCAUGGCCUCUAGGUGGAAAUAGUUUUUCCCAGAGAGGCUUGGUAAAGGUGAACACUGACCCUUCCUGCUCAAGAUUGUAUUUUCAUCACCGUAAAUACAGAACAGCCUUGCAGAAUUUCAUUCCUCUAUUUGCUCUGGGUGAAUAAUUUUUUAAAUAGGAGAACAAGCUCUCCUCUGUGGAGUUUUUUUUCCUGCCAUCAUUGUUAUCCUCAUGAGAUUCUGUGGCCUAGGUCAUUUUCAUCAUGAUUUUGCAAGGUUGACAUAAAACCAGAUAAAUAUAUAUAUGUGGAGAUUGAAAAACUAUUUUGUGUAUACAUUUAUCGUAAUAUAAAUUAUAUCAGCAGUGGCCUUUGUGGUCUAGAAAAUACUUUUUGUAAUGUGAUACUGUAACAGUUAACUAAAUAUUCUUUGCACUUUUUUGCACCUAAUAUCCAAAAAGCUAACAAUUUCAUGAUCAAAUGUAGCAUAAGUGUUCAGCAAUGAGCAUCUUUUUAACUAUUUCAUUAUUCUCUAUGAGUAUCCUCUGUGUUUCAUCAUAAGUACUGAGGUAUUUCAAGAUUUAUUUUCUUAAAUUUAAAUUGUUGUGAAACACCAAAGGAAUAAUAGCUCAGUUCAUUCCCUCUUGUGUUAUUUUUGGUUUUGUUAAUAACAAUACUAAAUUAUUUCUGUGUCUAAACUUGAUUUAUGGGUGCUCUGCAUCUGGGAAAAAUCAGGCUGCAAGAUUAUCAGGACAUCUAGCUUCAAAAAUGAUCCCCUGUUUAAUUAUUUUUAGUCCCUUAUCAGUGAUCAAUAGAAUUGAUACAAAAUACAUUUUUUCCCCACUGCUUUCACAGUUAUCAUCUCAUGAGACAGGGUAUAUAUUUAGUAUAACCAGCCCACUGGAUUUAGAGCCUGGUUCACAAGUUAGUUUCUGAGUGUAGUCACAGAAGCACCGAAUAUAAACUUAGUAUAGUUUUAGUCAAUGAAUAUGUUGCUUUAUGUAUCUCUUCAUUAAGAUAUUUAAAAUAUGUUAAUUUGGAGAAGUUGUAAACUCCCUGCUCACAUCCUGAAUAUUUUUGUUGCUUAUCCAUAUUUCUGCCUUAUCAUAAACAUUAGCCUAUUUUGAGUAAAAUCAAAUCUAGCAAAUGGUUGGUGUAAAAUAUAUUGUAGUAAUUUUGCAACAGUUUGAAAAACUCACAUUCCUAAGAGCCUGAGUUAUUUUUAUUGAAAAGAUUUACUGGAAACAGUAAUAGUACUUAAUAAGAAUUGUAUUUUGCACUGCAGAGCUUUUUUAUACUUUCACAAGAGUAAAACACAGAACUGUACAGCGAAAGUACAUGAUGGAUUAAGUGGUUGCAGGGGAGCUGUUAAAUUUUUGUAUUUAUUUUCAAUAAUGCACUGUAAAGUGAAAAACCCACAUACAAAUGUAUCUAAUGAGCCAUUCUGGUCUUUUGGGUAAAUAGUGUUUUGAAGCAAUUGUUUCCCUUCCCCACAUUAAAUAAGUUUUCAGGGACCAUUAGAUUUGCUCUAAGCAACCAUAAAAUUGUUAUUAGGUCUAUGCAAAAUGUUAAGUAGGAACCUAAGCUGCAGGUAGAUUUAGAUUUCUAGAGGCACUGCAGACAGUAGCAUAGGUGAACUCAAUAAGAUUUAAGUCAUGUGCUAUACUCCAUGAUCUCAACUUUAGAACACUGCAUUGUAUACUUCUGCUGAUAUAACGCUUCCCCUCACACUCCCAUCGAGCAACCAUCUCUUUCCCCACCAUCUAUUGUCUAUGCUGGGUUUCUAUUCAAGCAGUAGAGUCCUGACCUUUACUUUUGUCUACAAUGCUGAAAGCUGACUCCUAGCCUUAAAAUACUAGUAAUAUGAAACCCAUGGGGUCCUGACCAAAAGGUGUAGGAUAGGUAUUAAUAAAUCUCUCAUAUACAUUCUACAAACAACUGUCAAGGAAGUAACUUCGUUUCCCUGCAGUCCCUUAUGGUCACCAGACAUUCAGAAAUCAGUAAUGCUGUUGUUUUUUUGCAUCUAGCAAGUAUUAAAAGAACAAUAUACAUAUCUUGGAGAUAUGCAUAUUUGUCAGGGACAGAGAGAGUAGCUCAAACCAAUAAUAUAAAGCAAAACUUAGUAUAUCAGGACAGAAGUUCCCUUGCAAAAUUUCUUCUUCAAUAUCUGGAAUUGUUUUGACUUCUUAUGUUUAAAUAACAGAACUACAAUUUUUUCUCAAAGAAUCACAACCACAUUCAAUAUUUUUGAAGAAAACAUUGAGCUAACAUGGAACAUUUUCAUUCAGUUGAUUUUUUCCGAGGUAAAAAGCAAUUACUUCCCAAUUUCCUUCUAUGGAUGCAUUUUUGGAGCAAUACUAAGAAAACUGUACAUUUCCAAAAAAAGUCUUAUUUGAUUCAUCCAUUUCUUCUAUUUUUCAGGUUUUUAAUUGGUUUCAAUGUAAUAAUUUUGAAAGUUUUUAACAUUAUGACACACAACAAAUACAUGAUAGUAUAGUUCCAAGAUUAUUUUUAAUCAAUUAACUGCUUGUAUCUUAAAAACUUUUUUAUGUACUAAAUUUUUACUAGACUCAAUUAAUUUAACAAGCUUUAUACAUAUGAAAGCAUUUGACUAUAUUUUUAAAGUGUGUAAUCAUUUAAAAGGAGUUCUGCUGAAAAUGUCAAAUUUUUCACAGAUCCAUAAAUGUGCCUGCAAAAAUUAAAAAACACCUUAUUAGAGCCUGCAAAAACCUAGAUUUGCAUAUACAAAUAUUUGCACUUGCAAAAUGUAUAAUCAUCAUUAUUUAGCAUUUCUAUUAGAAAAGAACACUCAACGCCUAAUCAGAAAUAUGUUUCAGUUUGUGAUAAAUACUGAACAAAUCUAUAUUGAGUGGCAGUUCCUUGGACUCAAAAGUUCAUAUGACUUUAUUUCUACAAACAAAUAUACUUGAAAAUUCUGUAGGUGUUAAAAUAUGUCUUAUAUGUUAAUUAGACAUUGAGGUGACUUUUGGACAAAGCUCAAUAAAAAUCUGUUAGGCUAUCCAACAUAUGGCUUAAAAGUAGCAUAUAUAACAGGAAUAGUAACACGUUUUGAUGGAAAGCUUUCUCUUUCACACCACAGCUGGGGUUCAAUUUUACCCUUUACUCAAGAUUCACUUUACCUUAGUUUCUGAGGCUUGCCAGUUUAAACUGAGCUCUCUGGUGUCAGAAAAUAGCUAAAUCAUGUCACAGAAUAGGCUGCAGAGAUACAAAAGACAAAGGAAAAUGUGGCAGUAGAUGCACAGCUGUUCAGUGCAACAGAAAACACUCUGAAAUUAAAAGCCUCUUUUCAAAACUGAUAAUCAUUACAAUAUUCAUAUCACUUGUGCUUUCUUUCUAUACUGUAAAACAGGAAGAAAGGAGGGCAUUCCUGAAGAAGAGGCAGCAUUACACAUAGGAGUUAAUUGAGUUGCUGAUCACAGACAUUUGCCAUUUCCAAGGCAAUUAAUACCUUAAGUUCAAAAAGUCUCUUUUGCUUACUUAUCCAAAUGAAUAAAUAUCUCCUACAAAAUUCCCCUUUUCCUUAGCCCCAGCUAGGAACUGGCAGUUUUUAACAGCACGCAGAAAACCAAGCACUGGACCUCUAAGAGAAAGUGAAGCUGCAGGUAGAAUUUAAAUAUCACAGGGGAAUUUGUUCUGGAAAAUGGGACUAACACCUUCAGUCUUGUGCUGAGUGCUAGAGGAUGCUUGAUGAUAGCAAGUGCUCAGAGCUGUGAUUUUAUGUUUUAUCUGAUAGUACCUCCACAAUGUUGCUGUUGCUGGGAAACUUCUUCUUUGCUGACUCGGAGAGGAGAAUGCCUCUGGUAUGGCUAUGUAAAAUUUUUCCACCCAGUUAUAGGCUGCAACUUACGUUACAUGGGACUCAGUCCUCUGGAAGGGCACAAAGCAUGUUAAAUUUGCAGAACGGGAAAAGUCAAUUAAAGCUUUUAACAUCAUGAGGACUAUUCACUCUGUUGAUACUAAGGACAAGCAUUGGUGCUUACUGAUCUAAAAGAAGGCAUUUCAUAUAGUACCCUGUAUUGCUAAGCCCGUGCCAGUGAACCAUGGUAGCAUUAUUGAAGACUCUCAGUAUCAACAUUGUCAAAAUAUAACUAAAAAAUAUAAGUACAGGUUAUAUAGGUUAUCAGAGUACCAAAGCUCUCUUGGGUGAGAAAGACAUAAAGAGUCUCUGAUAUAUAAUUCAAGAUAGUGCUCUGAAAGUUGCAUCUGCAGGAGGUCACAUAACUGCUGUGAUGAAAGUGGAGCUUCUCUGUAAUAAUUUAUGAAUACAAUAUGUUGACUUGGCUAUUGGUCUCAAAUUAGGUGAGUCCUGUAAGUAGACGUUAGGGAACAAAAAGAACAAGAGAGUGUCUCUUAGGAGAAAGUGAGAUUUGAAAAACAUUAAUGUCUGUACUGGUGGCCCAGGAGAUUCUACCAAGGCUGCAAUUAGUCUGAAAAACACACCUCACCCGAAAUGUUGAAAGUCCAAGCAGGCAUAGGAAAAAAAGCAUAGAAAAGAUCAAGAGGUCUGUUUCAGGACAGACAAGAUUUAUGUCUGAGCAGGCUGGGAUGCAAGCUGUUGCUAUGGUUUACAGAUAACUUAGUUUGGAUUAAUCUCCCGUUAAUGGAUGGGAAAGCUCGAGGUAGGAUGGAUAUGCAUAUAGACCGUUAUUUUCAAAUCCACUUAUUUGAAAUAUUUAAGCUUACAUAUCUAAGCUUAAAUAUUUAAAUAGCAUUCUGUUUUUAAUGCAGCAGAAUAUUCACAGACUCCCUGAAAUAAAAGUUGCCAAUCUAUUCAGACUGUCUGGGUUAGCACAGUUGCUACAGACACAGAAUGUGUACCAGAGCCCAGCAUAAUUAUAGGAGAAUUGUGAAAUUCUGCUUCUCCCCUGGAGAGGUGAAGUCAGGAAGCCUGAUAUGAAGGGAGAAUUGAAGACAGACCAAGGAAAGGAUGGAUAUACAGCUAUUUCAUGACAACUUCAGAGUUCAGAGAGAGUGUUGGCCACUCAUUUAUUAUGCAGGGCAUAGCAUGACAGCAAUCUAGCCUGCAUAGACAGUUUUACAGUUUUACUCUCCCUCGAAAUACAAUCAUAUGAAUGUUUUGGAGAGAUUGUUUUUUUAAAAAUAGUUUAGGACCUUUUCAUAUCUUUUAAAUUCAAACCCCUGAAGUAAAAAAAAAUUAUCAGAAAGGAACCUGUUUUCUGGGACACUUUGUAGGUUAAUUUCAAAGGAGGAGAGAGGUUAUGGGUUGUUUUUAUGAAGCAGAUCUAUUAUUAUAAAUACAGCCUGCAAGAGGAGAGAGAUAAAGGGUGGAGUUUUUUUCAAUAUACUAUGAGUUGAAGCUGAUAAUUGCAUCAGAAGUGAAGAGGACUGAAAAAGAAGAUAUUUUAAAUAUUUCGUGGCCUCUGAGUUAUGGACAUGAGAGAGGAUGGAGAAAGCCUAUUGAGCACGUAAAGAGCUCUCUAGAAAAAAACUUUUUAAAAGAAAAGUGGAAAAUAUAGAAAGGGGGUAAAUUGAGAGCACUUUCAGUAGUCAAAAAUGCAUGCAUAGAAAGCACUUUCAACAGAAAGAUAUUUUUGAUGUAAUUCCCCUACUUCUUCUCUUGUACAGCCAUUUGAAAGCUUACAAGGGUAGUGGGAGCCAUGUUGCAGAACUGUCGAGUUCUGUAAGAGUCUUUUCUUCAAAUAAAACCAGCCCUCUGCCUCGCAGAUCCUGACUCCAGAGGAUUCACAGUGUGAAGAGCACUAGUAGUUGCUCAUGGCAUGUCCUUCCCCUCCAGUCUUUCUUUUGCAGCAUAACUGAGGCAAAAAAGGCACAUUGCCAGCAUAUGUUCAGAUGCACUCCUCUCUAGAUACUGUAAUGGCCUCCUAUUUAUUUGCACCUGGUAUAUACUGGAAAGUCUCCAAUAGGUAUAAAAAUAAUUUUUUAUAAUGUCAUCUCUUCACAUUUUCAAAGCUUCUGACAAUCAGUACUUGAAUUACCAAUAGAGGAAGCACCUCUGAAAAUGCUGCUGUCUUACACAAGCUACUGGUUUUGUUUUCAAGUCAAGCCUAAACUAAUGUCACACAAUGGUGGAAAAGUCAUUGGGCUGUUGCAGGUGCUAAUUCUCUGAUGACUCACAAAACUGAAGUCAUAAUUAUGGUGUAUUUCUCACUUAAUAUCCCACAGGUCUUUGUAUAUGAAUAGGGUCCUGGAAUUGAUGUUCCAGGCAAAUCCCAUCUCCUCCUGUUCUUCCUAUUCAUGCAGGCUCAGCUGAAUAAUGAAUUCCUAUUCCUUUGUCCUAAAUUGUUACAAAGUACUGGGUGUACAGUGAUUGUUUCACCCUGGGAGUGACUGCCUGUUACUGAAAAUGGGAGUAAUCAAUAGACAACCAUUACUUGCCUCACCAUGGUUUUCUGAGAGGCUAAAUUGCAUAGUAAUACUUAUGAGAGAAAUGACUGCAUAGCUGAACAAGACAUAGAAUUUCCAGUUGUAAUUAUUUUUGGCAAAUGGAUAUAUGUGGAUGAGUGUGUCUUUCUUCAUUAUGUAAAUGGAGAUUUGGCUACCGCAGAAAAUGAAAAAGGCGAUUUUGGUAGACUCUCCAAAGAGCACUUUAUACUCUAACAUUUAUUCUUUUCAGGCUUUAUGUAGCGUAAGUGUUUAAUGAUCUUAAUUAUCCUUAUAGCACAAUAACUUGAUUCAUAUAUUUAAACUUACAAUCUUUUCAGUUCUUAGUCCACCAAGGUGACUUUGGGCCAGAGAAUCAAAAUCACUAAAGAAAAAGUAUAGCUUUAUCUUAGCCAGCAUCUGUAUCUGCACAGCUAGACCUUUAUUAUUCUGAAAGGGAGCCUGGCACUAUUGCACUUUAGCUACUUGCCAGUAGCAGACAAACAAUUGUAGGUCAUAGCCAGGUUUCAGAGAAGCUCUGGGGAUUAACCUCUAAAAUCUUGGGUCUAAUUCUGCAUGUCAAAAGUCAAAGAACAGUCCUACCUAAAGAGGGCUUGUUAAUGAGGAAUUCCUGCUGAGAAAAGAGAUUUCGCUCAAAUAAUUCCAAGGCAUCUUUUAGAAUAUUUUGCCUUAUUUUCUGUACUGUUCUUAAAAAUGAACUUUUCUUUUAAAGACAAAACUUUAUAAUUUAAUCUCUAGCAGGGCAAAAAUUGGUACUAAAGUACUAAUGUACUCAUGCACUGAAAAUAAUAUUGAGGCAAAAAAAAAAAAAAUUAAGAGCCUUUUAGCAAAAAUACCUGUGGCAGCAAAAUACAAAAAAUGCUUACGAAAAUACAUUUUGCUUUUUCUGCAUUUUUUUUUUGAAUAUAGAAUUGUAAUACUUCAGCUCUGUUUUUUUCGGCUAGCUCAAGAAAAACACUAAAUUUUAAAUGUAUCUACUGUAGCUUUAAUAUUUAUUGAAACAAUAGAGCACAAAAAAGUGAUUCAAAUCAGCCUUUUAGGGUGUAGUUCUAAGAAUACACAUUUGUAUAUUUUUCAUUACUACAAAAGCUUACCAAAAUCUAUUCAUUACUUACUUCCAACAUACGAAAUUAUGACAUGCUUUCAAGAGAAGGUUUCUUUUAGGUUUAUCACUUGCUACUUUAUAUGGUGAUUGUUCUUGUGUUAAUUAAAAUGGAAAUAUUUUUUUUUAAUAUCAUGGCAAUAGACCAUUAAAUAUAUCCAGCAAAAUUACUCUGUAGGUCUUUUGAAUAUGUCAUUUCAUUUCAAAGCACAGAAUUAUGUACUUGACCAGUUCACCAGUGAAAUCAAGCAGAAGCACUGCUCUUAACUUCAAUUGGCUUUGCAUCAGGUUGCAUGUGAUGAAAUAUUGUAGCAUCUUGUAAAAUGAACCCAGCAAGGAAUCUCAAGGUGAGCAGAAUGAAUUGUCUUACACCCACCAUGGAUUUUUGUGGCUUGCUGACAAUUCAGACUAUAUUAGAAGUCUUCAGUGCAUCUCUAGGGUAUGAACUAUUUUUGCAAAUGCUGUUUUUACUAUUAUGAGUAAGAAAUAUGACUGUAAGCUGCCUGUUUUGGUAAAUAAAAAUGUCUGGUCUCUUUAGCCAGGCAUGGAGGUCAAAUGUAUUUUUACUGGAUUUUUCUUUUUUAAUAGUGUCCUAUAGUUUUCCACAUGAUGUCAUCUCGCUAUUAAAGCUCAGAGAUACCCUGUGUACAGACUAAAUCUUUAAUAUGUAAGAUUUAGAUAGUCCUGUUGCACAUCAGAUAUAAAGCACUUCUUUUGACUCUAUAUUUCUAUGGAAAAGUAUUGAACAAAAUUUACUUUUGUUAAAUAAAUAGAAAACUAUUUCUUGAGAAAAGGAAAAAUAUAGAUAUAUAUUUCAUAUUGUUUCCUGUUUCUUUUUGUUUCAAAUGUGAGUCUAAAUUCUUUCUAUUCUUCUCUAUGUGAGUAGUCUCAGAAGGAUAUGUUGUACUUAAAUGCACAUGUCUAAGGACAGGAUAUGGCUAGUUCUCUACCCUACAAGUUGGCACUGUUGGUGUCCUGAUUUUGAGAUGCACUUCUGACUUGUGCUUUCUCCCUUUUCUGGUGGAGAUCACAAGGGCCUCUGUUCAGCAAACCAUGUGAAACAUUUUUUUAAAUAUGACUUGCUGAUCAAGUCCCCAUGAAGUCAUGAUGGCUUGAGUGCACACCCUGAAGAGCGCAGUUGCUCUGGUGCUUUUCUGACUGGGAAUGGAGUGAUGUGGGGAGUCUCAUGGUUAGACAAUGCUAAAAACACAUCUUGGCAUCCUUCAUGUCCACAUAGCUGUAGUAGCUGGGAUGAGAGUGAGCAAAGCCAAAUUGUGUUUCUUCAUUGUCCUGCUCUGCCCAGUCCUCACCACCUUAGACAGGAGAACUGUAGUGCUGGCUCCUCUGCAUGCCAGCCAGAUGCUCCUCUAGCUACUGCAAGGGGAGUCCCAAAAAAUUUCUCCUUUCUUCUCAUGAGCUUGCAGUUUGCACUAUGUUUAAUCCAACUGGCUUUGGUGUGCUACCCAUGAGAAAUGAAACAAGGAGAGUAGAAUACAGAAAUUAGCCACAUCUUUUCUUCAGCAUUACUUUUUUCUGGUAUAUGCUUGUUUGUGGAGAAGAUGUUCUCCAGAGUGUAUGCUUCAAAAGGUAGGAAGUUAAAUUGGAGUUCCUGGCCAUGGGAAACAUUGACAGCUAAAAAAAUACCCACUCAAUAUUUAGACAGUUAGUAUUUUGAAAUAUCAAAUAAAGCAUCCAAUACAAUGUCUGCCAGAAUAAACAUCUUUGCUGUGACAAUAUGGGUUCUGGAUUAGGCCCUAACUGUCCCAAACUCUAACAGAACUCCCUACCUUUAAAAUAAUAUUUAUGAUUAGAUCAGAAAUGUUGCCAAGUCUAUGUAGCUUACAAAGAACUGUAGAGUUCUUCUAAGAUUUUGUCUCUUCUUGCUAUGUGAUGUUGGCUGACUGAGAUCUAAUGUUAAAUACCUGACUGUUUUAGUACCCUUUAUUCAGUGUUCAUGAUGUGACUUUUUAAAAGAAGUCUGUGAUUUGAUACCUAGCCAUUGUUCAAGUCAAUAUCCUUGGCUUCUGCGUUAUAGAAACAACACAAACUUUUUGAACUUGUGUUACUGGCUUUUCGUAUGCGCUAAAUGGCCAUUUGUGAAACUUGACAGCAUAAAAUUGUACUACUGAGAGUAAAUGUUUUUUUUGCACUAGCCUUUGAGAGCUGUAACACAUUUCAGUAUUUUUACAAUGUAUUCUCUAGAAAGUGUGAACUUAUUUGUCAGUUCUGAAAAAAAUCUGUAACAAUGAAACCUCAAAAGAUGUUAUGAAGUGUACAGUUUGUGAUAAUUUUAUAUUAAAAAGGACAAGAAAAAGAAAAGAACAUAUUUGAAAUAAUUUUAUUCUAAUUGUUUAAUAUGUAUUUUGAACAAGAAAUAAAGUGAUUAAAAUUAA